AUGACCACUGCCACAGACCAGAGCACGAUGCAGACAGGUGGCACAAUGACUGGGGCCACAGGUAGUACUUCUGAAACAACACCAAUGGCUACUACGUCCUCAGCGUAUUCCACGACUUGCUCUCAGCCUAUAAUGACCAGGGCCACAGACCAGAGCACCACUCAGACUGCUGGUAGAACUGGGUCCACAAGCACUGGAAGUACUUCUGAAACAACACCAAUGGCCAGCACUUCCCCCACGACUUCCCUUCAGGCAACAGUAACCACUACCACAGACUGGAGCACCACACAGACAGGUGGCACAACAACUGGGGCCUCAGCCACUGUUAUCACUUCUGAAACAAUAUCAACGGCCUCCACUUCCCCUAUAACCUCAGAGUCUUCCAUGACUUCCCCUCAGCCCACAAGAACCAGUGCCACAGAACAGAGCAGCCCCCAGAGUGAUACCACAACUGGGGCCACAGCCACUGUUAUCACUUCUGAAACAACACCAACCGCCUUCACUUCCCCUAUAACCUCAGAGUCUUCCAUGACUUCCCCUCAGCCCACAAGAACCAGUGCCACAGAACAGAGCAGCCCCCAGAGUGACAGGACAACUGAGGCCACAGGCACUGGUAGUACUUCUGAAACAACACCAGUGGUCACCACUUCCCCCACGACUUCCCCUCAGGCAACAGCAACCACUGCCACAGACUGGAGCACUACGCAGACAGGUGGCACAACAACUGGGGCCUCAGCCACUGUUAUCACUUCUGAAACAACACCAACCGCCUUCACUUCCCCUAUGACCUCAGAGUCUUCCAUGACUUCCUCUCAGUCCACAAGAACCAGUGCCACAGAACAGAGCAGCCCGCAGAGUGAUACCACAACUGGGGCCACAGCCACUGUUAUCACUUCUGAAACAACACCAAUGGCCUCCACUUCCCCCACGACUUCCCCUCAGGCAACAGCAACCACUGCCACAGACUGGAGCACCACACAGACAGGUGGCACAACAACUGGGGCCUCAGCCACUGUUAUCGCUUCUGAAACAACACCAACGGUCUUCACUUCCCAUAUAACCUCAGAGUCUGCCAUGACUUCUCCUCAGCCCACAAGAACCAGUGCCACAGAACAAAGCAGCCAACAGAGUGAAAGCACAACAACCGGAGCCACAGGCACUGGUAGCACUUUUGAAACAACACCAACGGCUGCCACUUCCCCUACGACCUCAGAGUUUUCCACGACUUCCCCUCAGACCACAAUGACUAGUACCACAGACCAGAGCACCAUGCAGACUGGUGGCACAACUGGGGCCACAGGCACUGGUAGUAUUUCUGAAACAACACCAAUGGCCCCCACUUCCCCUAUAACCUCAGAGUCUUCCAUGACUUCCCCUCAGCCCACAACAACCAGUGCCACAGACCAGAGCAGCCCACAGACUGACAGCACAACUGGAGCCACAGCCAUUGUUAUCACUUCUGAAACAACACCAACGGCCUCUACUUCCCCUAUAACCUCAGAGUCUGCCAUGACUUCCCCUCAGCCCACAAGAACCAGUGCCACAAAACAGAGCAGCCAACAGAGUGACAGCACAACAACUGGGGCCACAGCCACUGGUAGCACUUUUGGAACAACACCAAUGGCUGCCACUUCCCCUACGACCUCAGAGUUUUCCACGACUUCCCCUCAGACCACAAUGACUAGUACCACAGACCAGAGCACCAUGCAGACUGGUGGCACAACUGGGGCCACAGGCACUGGUAGUACUUCUGAAACAACACCAGUGGUCACCACUUCCCCCACGACUUCCCCUCAGGCAACAGCAACCACUGCCAUAGACUGGAGCACCACGCAGACAGGUGGCACAACAGCUGGGGCCUCAGCCACUGUUAUCACUUCUGAAACAACACCAACAGCCCCCACUUCCCCUAUAACCUCAGAGUCUUCCAUGACUUCCCCUCAGCCCACAAGAACCAGUGCCACAGAACAGAGCAGCCUGCAGACUGACAGCACAACUGGGGCCACAGCCAUUGUUAUCACUUCUGAAACAACACCAACAGCCCCCACUUCCCCUAUAACCUCAGAGUCUUCCAUGACUUCCCCUCAGCCCACAAGAACCAGUGCCACAGAACAGAGCAGCCUGCAGACUGACAGCACAACAACCGGGGUCAUAGGCACUGGUAGUACUUCUGAAACAACACCAAUGGCCACCACUUCCCCCACGACUUCCCCUCAGGCAAUAGCAACCACUGUCACAGACAGGAGCACCACGCAGACAGGUGGCACAACAGCUGGGGCCUCAGCCACUGUUAUCACUUCUGAAACAACACCAACAGCCCCCACUUCCCCUAUAACCUCAGAGUCUUCCAUGACUUCCCCUCAGCCCACAAGAACCAGUGCCACAGAACAGAGCAGCCAACAGAGCGACAGCACAACAACUGGGGCCACAGGCACUGGUAGCACUUUUGAAACAACACCAACGGCUGCUACGUCCCCUACAACCUCAGAGUCUUCCACGACUUCCCCUCAGACCACAAUGACUAGUACCACAGACCAGAGCACCACGCAGACAGGUGGCACAACAACUGGCGCCACAGCCACUAUUAUCACUUCUGAAACAACACCAACAGCCUCCACUUCCCCUAUAACCUCAGAGUUUUCCAUGACUUCCCCUCAGCCCACAAGAACCAGUUCCACAGAACAGAGCAGCCCGCAGACUGACAGCACAACUGGGGCCACAGCCACUGUUAUCACUUCUGAAACAACACCAAAGGCCCCCACUUCCCCUAUAACCUCAGAGUCUGCCAUGACUUCCCUUCAGCCCACAAGAACCAGUGCCACAGAACUGAGCAGCCAACAGAGUGACAGCACAACAACUGGGGCCACAGCCACUGGUAGCACUUCUGAAACAACACCAAUGGCUGCCACUUCCUGUACAACCUCAGAGUCCUCCACGACUUCCCCUCAGACCACAAUGACUACUACCACAGACCAGAGCACCAUGCAGACUGGUGGCACAACUGGGGCCACAGGCACUAGUAGUACUUCUGAAACAACACCAAUGGCCACCACUUCCCCCAUGACUUCCCCUCAGGCAACAGCAACCACUGCCACAGACUGGAGCACCAUGCAGACAGGUGGCACAACAACUGGGGCCACAGCCACUGUUAUCACUUCUGAAACAACACCAACGACCUUCCCUUCCCCUAUAACCUCAGAGUCUUCCAUGACUUCCCCUCAGCCCACAACGACCACUGCCACAGAACAGAGCAGCCAACAGAGUGACAGCACAACGACUGGGCCCACAGGCACUAGUAGCACUUCUGAAACAACACCAACAGCCGCCACUUCCCCUCCAACCUUAGAGUCUUUCACAACUUCCCCUCAGCCCGUAACGACUACUGCCACAGACCAGAGCACCACACAGACUGAUGGUACAACAACUGGGGCCACAGAAACUGGUAGCACUUCUGAAACAACAACACCAAUGGCCUCCACUUCCCCUAUAACCUCAGAGUCUUCCACGACUUCCUCUCAGCCCACAAAGACCACUGCCACAGACCAGAGCACCACGCAUACUGGUGAUACAACAACUGGGGCCACAGGCACAAGUAGCACAUCUAUAAUUACAACACCAAUGGCCUCAACUUCCCCUGAUGCCUCAGAAUCUUCCACAAGUUCCCUUCAGCCCACAAUGACCACUGCCACGGACCAAAGCACCGCACAGACUGGUGGCACAACAACUCGGGCCAUAGGCACUGGUAGCACAUCUAUAAGGACAACACCAACAGCAGCCACUUCCUCUGAGACCUCACAGUCUUCCAUGACUUCCUCUCAGACCACACUGACCAGUGCCACAGACCAAAGCACCAGGCAGACUGGUGGCACAACGACUGGGCCCACAGGCACUGGUAGCACUUCUGAAACAACACCAACAGCCGCCACUUCCCCUGAUGCCUCAGAGUCGUCCAUGACUUCCCCUCAGCCCACAACAACCACUGCCACAGAACAGAGCAGCACACAGAGUGACAGCACAACGACUGGGCCCACAGGCACUGAUAGCACAUCUGUUAGGACAACACCAACAUCUUCCACAACUUCCCCUCAGCCCACAACGACCACUGCCACAGAACAGAGCAGCCAACAGAGUGACAGCACAACGACUGGGCCCACAGGCACUAGUAGCACUUCUGAAACAACACCAACAGCCGCCACUUCCCCUCCAACCUUAGAGUCUUUCACAACUUCCCCUCAGCCCGUAACGACUACUGCCACAGACCAGAGCACCACACAGACUGAUGGUACAACAACUGGGGCCACAGAAACUGGUAGCACUUCUGAAACAACAACACCAAUGGCCUUCACUUCCCCUAUAACCUCAGAGUCUUCCACGACUUCCUCUCAGCCCACAAAGACCACUGCCACAGACCAGAGCACCACGCAUACUGGUGAUACAACAACUGGGGCCACAGGCACAAGUAGCACAUCUAUAAUUACAACACCAAUGGCCUCAACUUCCCCUGAUGCCUCAGAGUCUUCCACAAGUUCCCUUCAGCCCACAAUGACCACUGCCACGGACCAAAGCACCGCACAGACUGGUGGCACAACAACUCGGGCCAUAGGCACUGGUAGCACAUCUAUAAGGACAACACCAACAGCAGCCACUUCCUCUGAGACCUCACAGUCUUCCAUGACUUCCUCUCAGACCACACUGACCAGUGCCACAGACCAAAGCACCGCGCAGACAGGUGGCACAACAACUGGGGCCUCAGCCACUGUUAUCACUUCUGAAACAACACCAACAGCCCCCACUUCCCCUAUAACCUCAGAGUCUUCCAUGACUUCCCCUCAGCCCACAAGAACCAGUGCCACAGAACAGAGCAGCCUGCAGACUGACAGCACAACAACCGGGGUCAUAGGCACUGGUAGUACUUCUGAAACAACACCAAUGGCCACCACUUCCCCCACGACUUCCCCUCAGGCAAUAGCAACCACUGUCACAGACAGGAGCACCACGCAGACAGGUGGCACAACAGCUGGGGCCUCAGCCACUGUUAUCACUUCUGAAACAACACCAACAGCCCCCACUUCCCCUAUAACCUCAGAGUCUUCCAUGACUUCCCCUCAGCCCACAAGAACCAGUGCCACAGAACAGAGCAGCCAACAGAGCGACAGCACAACAACUGGGGCCACAGGCACUGGUAGCACUUUUGAAACAACACCAACGGCUGCUACGUCCCCUACAACCUCAGAGUCUUCCACGACUUCCCCUCAGACCACAAUGACUAGUACCACAGACCAGAGCACCACGCAGACAGGUGGCACAACAACUGGCGCCACAGCCACUAUUAUCACUUCUGAAACAACACCAACAGCCUCCACUUCCCCUAUAACCUCAGAGUUUUCCAUGACUUCCCCUCAGCCCACAAGAACCAGUUCCACAGAACAGAGCAGCCCGCAGACUGACAGCACAACUGGGGCCACAGCCACUGUUAUCACUUCUGAAACAACACCAAAGGCCCCCACUUCCCCUAUAACCUCAGAGUCUGCCAUGACUUCCCUUCAGCCCACAAGAACCAGUGCCACAGAACUGAGCAGCCAACAGAGUGACAGCACAACAACUGGGGCCACAGCCACUGGUAGCACUUCUGAAACAACACCAAUGGCUGCCACUUCCUGUACAACCUCAGAGUCCUCCACGACUUCCCCUCAGACCACAAUGACUACUACCACAGACCAGAGCACCAUGCAGACUGGUGGCACAACUGGGGCCACAGGCACUAGUAGUACUUCUGAAACAACACCAAUGGCCACCACUUCCCCCAUGACUUCCCCUCAGGCAACAGCAACCACUGCCACAGACUGGAGCACCAUGCAGACAGGUGGCACAACAACUGGGGCCACAGCCACUGUUAUCACUUCUGAAACAACACCAACGACCUUCCCUUCCCCUAUAACCUCAGAGUCUUCCAUGACUUCCCCUCAGCCCACAACGACCACUGCCACAGAACAGAGCAGCCAACAGAGUGACAGCACAACGACUGGGCCCACAGGCACUAGUAGCACUUCUGAAACAACACCAACAGCCGCCACUUCCCCUCCAACCUUAGAGUCUUUCACAACUUCCCCUCAGCCCGUAACGACUACUGCCACAGACCAGAGCACCACACAGACUGAUGGUACAACAACUGGGGCCACAGAAACUGGUAGCACUUCUGAAACAACAACACCAAUGGCCUCCACUUCCCCUAUAACCUCAGAGUCUUCCACGACUUCCUCUCAGCCCACAAAGACCACUGCCACAGACCAGAGCACCACGCAUACUGGUGAUACAACAACUGGGGCCACAGGCACAAGUAGCACAUCUAUAAUUACAACACCAAUGGCCUCAACUUCCCCUGAUGCCUCAGAGUCUUCCACAAGUUCCCUUCAGCCCACAAUGACCACUGCCACGGACCAAAGCACCGCACAGACUGGUGGCACAACAACUCGGGCCAUAGGCACUGGUAGCACAUCUAUAAGGACAACACCAACAGCAGCCACUUCCUCUGAGACCUCACAGUCUUCCAUGACUUCCUCUCAGACCACACUGACCAGUGCCACAGACCAAAGCACCAGGCAGACUGGUGGCACAACGACUGGGCCCACAGGCACUGGUAGCACUUCUGAAACAACACCAACAGCCGCCACUUCCCCUGAUGCCUCAGAGUCGUCCAUGACUUCCCCUCAGCCCACAACAACCACUGCCACAGAACAGAGCAGCACACAGAGUGACAGCACAACGACUGGGCCCACAGGCACUGAUAGCACAUCUGUUAGGACAACACCAACAUCUUCCACAACUUCCCCUCAGCCCACAACGACCACUGCCACAGAACAGAGCAGCCAACAGAGUGACAGCACAACGACUGGGCCCACAGGCACUAGUAGCACUUCUGAAACAACACCAACAGCCGCCACUUCCCCUCCAACCUUAGAGUCUUUCACAACUUCCCCUCAGCCCGUAACGACUACUGCCACAGACCAGAGCACCACACAGACUGAUGGUACAACAACUGGGGCCACAGAAACUGGUAGCACUUCUGAAACAACAACACCAAUGGCCUCCACUUCCCCUAUAACCUCAGAGUCUUCCACGACUUCCUCUCAGCCCACAAAGACCACUGCCACAGACCAGAGCACCACGCAUACUGGUGAUACAACAACUGGGGCCACAGGCACAAGUAGCACAUCUAUAAUUACAACACCAAUGGCCUCAACUUCCCCUGAUGCCUCAGAGUCUUCCACAAGUUCCCUUCAGCCCACAAUGACCACUGCCACGGACCAAAGCACCGCACAGACUGGUGGCACAACAACUCGGGCCAUAGGCACUGGUAGCACAUCUAUAAGGACAACACCAACAGCAGCCACUUCCUCUGAGACCUCACAGUCUUCCAUGACUUCCUCUCAGACCACACUGACCAGUGCCACAGACCAAAGCACCGCGCAGACAGGUGGCACAACAACUGGGGCCUCAGCCACUGUUAUCACUUCUGAAACAACACCAACAGCCCCCACUUCCCCUAUAACCUCAGAGUCUUCCAUGACUUCCCCUCAGCCCACAAGAACCAGUGCCACAGAACAGAGCAGCCUGCAGACUGACAGCACAACAACCGGGGUCAUAGGCACUGGUAGUACUUCUGAAACAACACCAAUGGCCACCACUUCCCCCACGACUUCCCCUCAGGCAAUAGCAACCACUGUCACAGACAGGAGCACCACGCAGACAGGUGGCACAACAGCUGGGGCCUCAGCCACUGUUAUCACUUCUGAAACAACACCAACAGCCCCCACUUCCCCUAUAACCUCAGAGUCUUCCAUGACUUCCCCUCAGCCCACAAGAACCAGUGCCACAGAACAGAGCAGCCAACAGAGCGACAGCACAACAACUGGGGCCACAGGCACUGGUAGCACUUUUGAAACAACACCAACGGCUGCUACGUCCCCUACAACCUCAGAGUCUUCCACGACUUCCCCUCAGACCACAAUGACUAGUACCACAGACCAGAGCACCACGCAGACAGGUGGCACAACAACUGGCGCCACAGCCACUAUUAUCACUUCUGAAACAACACCAACAGCCUCCACUUCCCCUAUAACCUCAGAGUUUUCCAUGACUUCCCCUCAGCCCACAAGAACCAGUUCCACAGAACAGAGCAGCCCGCAGACUGACAGCACAACUGGGGCCACAGCCACUGUUAUCACUUCUGAAACAACACCAAAGGCCCCCACUUCCCCUAUAACCUCAGAGUCUGCCAUGACUUCCCUUCAGCCCACAAGAACCAGUGCCACAGAACUGAGCAGCCAACAGAGUGACAGCACAACAACUGGGGCCACAGCCACUGGUAGCACUUCUGAAACAACACCAAUGGCUGCCACUUCCUGUACAACCUCAGAGUCCUCCACGACUUCCCCUCAGACCACAAUGACUACUACCACAGACCAGAGCACCAUGCAGACUGGUGGCACAACUGGGGCCACAGGCACUAGUAGUACUUCUGAAACAACACCAAUGGCCACCACUUCCCCCAUGACUUCCCCUCAGGCAACAGCAACCACUGCCACAGACUGGAGCACCAUGCAGACAGGUGGCACAACAACUGGGGCCACAGCCACUGUUAUCACUUCUGAAACAACACCAACGACCUUCCCUUCCCCUAUAACCUCAGAGUCUUCCAUGACUUCCCCUCAGCCCACAACGACCACUGCCACAGAACAGAGCAGCCAACAGAGUGACAGCACAACGACUGGGCCCACAGGCACUAGUAGCACUUCUGAAACAACACCAACAGCCGCCACUUCCCCUCCAACCUUAGAGUCUUUCACAACUUCCCCUCAGCCCGUAACGACUACUGCCACAGACCAGAGCACCACACAGACUGAUGGUACAACAACUGGGGCCACAGAAACUGGUAGCACUUCUGAAACAACAACACCAAUGGCCUCCACUUCCCCUAUAACCUCAGAGUCUUCCACGACUUCCUCUCAGCCCACAAAGACCACUGCCACAGACCAGAGCACCACGCAUACUGGUGAUACAACAACUGGGGCCACAGGCACAAGUAGCACAUCUAUAAUUACAACACCAAUGGCCUCAACUUCCCCUGAUGCCUCAGAGUCUUCCACAAGUUCCCUUCAGCCCACAAUGACCACUGCCACGGACCAAAGCACCGCACAGACUGGUGGCACAACAACUCGGGCCAUAGGCACUGGUAGCACAUCUAUAAGGACAACACCAACAGCAGCCACUUCCUCUGAGACCUCACAGUCUUCCAUGACUUCCUCUCAGACCACACUGACCAGUGCCACAGACCAAAGCACCAGGCAGACUGGUGGCACAACGACUGGGCCCACAGGCACUGGUAGCACUUCUGAAACAACACCAACAGCCGCCACUUCCCCUGAUGCCUCAGAGUCGUCCAUGACUUCCCCUCAGCCCACAACAACCACUGCCACAGAACAGAGCAGCACACAGAGUGACAGCACAACGACUGGGCCCACAGGCACUGAUAGCACAUCUGUUAGGACAACACCAACAUCUUCCACAACUUCCCCUCAGCCCACAACGACCACUGCCACAGAACAGAGCAGCCAACAGAGUGACAGCACAACGACUGGGCCCACAGGCACUAGUAGCACUUCUGAAACAACACCAACAGCCGCCACUUCCCCUCCAACCUUAGAGUCUUUCACAACUUCCCCUCAGCCCGUAACGACUACUGCCACAGACCAGAGCACCACACAGACUGAUGGUACAACAACUGGGGCCACAGAAACUGGUAGCACUUCUGAAACAACAACACCAAUGGCCUCCACUUCCCCUAUAACCUCAGAGUCUUCCACGACUUCCUCUCAGCCCACAAAGACCACUGCCACAGACCAGAGCACCACGCAUACUGGUGAUACAACAACUGGGGCCACAGGCACAAGUAGCACAUCUAUAAUUACAACACCAAUGGCCUCAACUUCCCCUGAUGCCUCAGAGUCUUCCACAAGUUCCCUUCAGCCCACAAUGACCACUGCCACGGACCAAAGCACCGCACAGACUGGUGGCACAACAACUCGGGCCAUAGGCACUGGUAGCACAUCUAUAAGGACAACACCAACAGCAGCCACUUCCUCUGAGACCUCACAGUCUUCCAUGACUUCCUCUCAGACCACACUGACCAGUGCCACAGACCAAAGCACCGCGCAGACAGGUGGCACAACAACUGGGGCCUCAGCCACUGUUAUCACUUCUGAAACAACACCUACAGCCGCCACUUCCCCUGAUGCCUCAGAGUCUUCCAUGACUUCCCCUCAGCCCACAAGAACCAGUGCCACAGAACAGAGCAGCCUGCAGACUGACAGCACAACAACCGGGGUCAUAGGCACUGGUAGUACUUCUGAAACAACACCAAUGGCCACCACUUCCCCCACGACUUCCCCUCAGGCAAUAGCAACCACUGUCACAGACAGGAGCACCACGCAGACAGGUGGCACAACAGCUGGGGCCUCAGCCACUGUUAUCACUUCUGAAACAACACCAACAGCCCCCACUUCCCCUAUAACCUCAGAGUCUUCCAUGACUUCCCCUCAGCCCACAAGAACCAGUGCCACAGAACAGAGCAGCCUGCAGACUGACAGCACAACUGGGGCCACAGCCAUUGUUAUCACUUCUGAAACAACACCAACAGCCCCCACUUCCCCUAUAACCUCAGAGUCUUCCAUGACUUCCCCUCAGCCCACAAGAACCAGUGCCACAGAACAGAGCAGCCUGCAGACUGACAGCACAACAACCGGGGUCAUAGGCACUGGUAGUACUUCUGAAACAACACCAAUGGCCACCACUUCCCCCACGACUUCCCCUCAGGCAAUAGCAACCACUGUCACAGACAGGAGCACCACGCAGACAGGUGGCACAACAGCUGGGGCCUCAGCCACUGUUAUCACUUCUGAAACAACACCAACAGCCCCCACUUCCCCUAUAACCUCAGAGUCUUCCAUGACUUCCCCUCAGCCCACAAGAACCAGUGCCACAGAACAGAGCAGCCUGCAGACUGACAGCACAACUGGGGCCACAGCCAUUGUUAUCACUUCUGAAACAACACCAACAGCCCCCACUUCCCCUAUAACCUCAGAGUCUUCCAUGACUUCCCCUCAGCCCACAAGAACCAGUGCCACAGAACAGAGCAGCCUGCAGACUGACAGCACAACAACCGGGGUCAUAGGCACUGGUAGUACUUCUGAAACAACACCAAUGGCCACCACUUCCCCCACGACUUCCCCUCAGGCAAUAGCAACCACUGUCACAGACAGGAGCACCACGCAGACAGGUGGCACAACAGCUGGGGCCUCAGCCACUGUUAUCACUUCUGAAACAACACCAACAGCCCCCACUUCCCCUAUAACCUCAGAGUCUUCCAUGACUUCCCCUCAGCCCACAAGAACCAGUGCCACAGAACAGAGCAGCCAACAGAGCGACAGCACAACUGGGGCCACAGGCACUGGUAGCACUUUUGAAACAACACCAACGGCUGCUACGUCCCCUACAACCUCAGAGUCUUCCACGACUUCCCCUCAGACCACAAUGACUAGUACCACAGACCAGAGCACCACGCAGACAGGUGGCACAACAACUGGCGCCACAGCCACUAUUAUCACUUCUGAAACAACACCAACAGCCUCCACUUCCCCUAUAACCUCAGAGUUUUCCAUGACUUCCCCUCAGCCCACAAGAACCAGUUCCACAGAACAGAGCAGCCCGCAGACUGACAGCACAACUGGGGCCACAGCCACUGUUAUCACUUCUGAAACAACACCAACAGCCGCCACUUCCCCUCCAACCUUAGAGUCUUUCACAACUUCCCCUCAGCCCGUAACGACUACUGCCACAGACCAGAGCACCACACAGACUGAUGGUACAACAACUGGGGCCACAGAAACUGGUAGCACUUCUGAAACAACAACACCAAUGGCCUCCACUUCCCCUACAACCUCAGAGUCUUCCACGACUUCCUCUCAGCCCACAAAGACCACUGCCACAGACCAGAGCACCACGCAUACUGGUGAUACAACAACUGGGGCCACAGGCACAAGUAGCACAUCUAUAAUUACAACACCAAUGGCCUCAACUUCCCCUGAUGCCUCAGAGUCUUCCACAAGUUCCCUUCAGCCCACAAUGACCACUGCCACGGACCAAAGCACCGCACAGACUGGUGGCACAACAACUCGGGCCAUAGGCACUGGUAGCACAUCUAUAAGGACAACACCAACAGCAGCCACUUCCUCUGAGACCUCACAGUCUUCCAUGACUUCCUCUCAGACCACACUGACCAGUGCCACAGACCAAAGCACCAUGCAGACUGGUGGCACAACAACUGGGGCCACAGGCACUGGUAGCACUUCUGAAACAACACCAACAGCCGCCACUUCCCCUGAUGCCUCAGAGUCGUCCAUGACUUCCCCUCAGCCCACAACAACCACUGCCACAGAACAGAGCAGCACACAGAGUGACAGCACAACGACUGGGCCCACAGGCACUGAUAGCACAUCUGUUAGGACAACACCAACAGCAGCUACUUCCCCCGAGACCUCAGAAUCUUCCACAACUUCCCCUCAGCCCACAACGACCACUGCCACAGAACAGAGCAGCCAACAGAGUGACAGCACAACGACUGGGCCCACAGGCACUAGUAGCACUUCUGAAACAACACCAACAGCCGCCACUUCCUCUCCAACCUUAGUGUCUUUCACGACUUCCCCUCAGCCCGUAACGACUACUGCCACAGACCAGAGCACCCCACAAGCUGGUGCCCACUACACCCAGGAACUCAACCCAGAGUACCAUGCAGACUGGGACCACAGAUAUGGGGACAACAACAACUGCUCCUGUGACCACACAGGCUGUUACCACCAAAUCUUUCACCACUCUUUCUGUAACAACAAUUCCAAGUACCACCAAACCAACUACUACAAGUAA